UCACCGCAACCCACACCGCUCUCUAACUUUCUCUCUCCAAAUCUCCUCUUCUCAUUUCCAAAUCUUCACAAGAUUCCCAAAAAACCCUAAUUCAACCCACACCCUUAUCCCAUUCAACCCCCAUUACCCCACAAAUGGCUCUAGCAUACUCCAAAAAACCCACCACCACCACCACCGGAAUCAUGCCCUCACCACCCCAACUCCUCUUAACCCAAGACGACCUCAAAAAAAUCGCCGCUUACAAAGCCGUAGAAUUCGUCGAAUCGGGUAUGGUCCUCGGACUCGGAACCGGGUCAACCGCCAAGCAUGCAAUCGACCGGAUCGGCGAACUCCUCCAACAAGGCAAACUAACAAACAUCAUCGGAAUCCCCACCUCAAAAAAAACCCACGAGCAAGCCUUAUCAUUAGGCAUCCCUUUAUCGGAUCUCGAAACACACCCGGUCCUCGAUUUAGCAAUCGACGGAGCGGAUGAAGUCGACCCGCAUAUGAAUUUGGUUAAAGGCAGAGGUGGAUCGUUGCUCCGCGAGAAGAUGAUAGAAGGUUGUUGUAAAAAGUUUAUUGUAAUUGUUGAUGCAACCAAGUUGGUUGAUUAUAUUGGGGGCAGUGGAUUGGCUUUGCCCGUUGAGAUUGUGCCGUUUUGUUGGAGGUUUACUGCUGAAAAGCUUAGAAGCUUGUUUAAACAUGCAGGUUGUGUAGCUAAACUUCGGGUUGUUGGGGAGAAUGGGGAACCGUAUGUGACGGAUAAUGGGAAUUAUGUUGUUGAUUUGUAUUUUGAGAAGGAUAUUGGGGAUUUGGUGGCUGCGGGUGAUGCGAUGUUGAGACUUGCAGGUGUGGUGGAGCAUGGGAUGUUUAUUGAUAUGGCUACUACUUUGAUUGUGGCUGGAGAGCUUGGGGUUACGGUGAAGAAUAAGUGUUAGGGGGUUUUGGGUUUUUUAGGCUAACUUUGUUAGGAUAUGAAGUUGUUAUGGUUUGUUAGAUUGGGAUUUAUUUUAUUUUUAUAAGUUUAUUUGAUAAGUUAUUGAUGAUAAUGAUGAUAAUUUGGUACCAAUUGGUUUCGGUUUU